CCCUCACUUCAUCUCUUUCAUCCAAAAUUAGGGUUUUAGAUUUCUAGGGUUAGCCUCUUCAUAUCCGCCUCUCACUCUUUCUCUUUCUCUCUCCUCGGAGAUCUCUGCAAUCAUGGCGACCCAGAUGAGCAAGAAGCGAAAGUUCGUCGCUGAUGGUGUCUUCUACGCUGAACUCAACGAAGUUUUCACUCGUGAGCUUGCUGAAGAUGGUUACUCUGGUGUUGAAGUUAGGGUUACUCCUAUGCGCACUGAGAUCAUCAUUAGGGCUACUCGUACCCAAAAUGUUCUUGGUGAGAAGGGAAGAAGGAUUAGGGAGCUGACCUCGAUUGUGCAAAAGAGGUUUAAGUUUCCAGAAAACACUGUUGAAUUGUAUGCUGAGAAGGUUAACAACAGGGGUCUUUGCGCUAUUGCUCAGUGCGAGUCUCUUCGUUACAAGCUUCUUGGAGGUCUUGCUGUUAGAAGGGCCUGUUAUGGUGUUUUGAGGUUUGUUAUGGAAAGUGGUGCCAAGGGUUGUGAGGUCAUUGUUAGUGGUAAAUUGAGGGCACAACGUGCUAAGUCCAUGAAGUUCAAGGAUGGAUAUAUGAUUUCCUCAGGUCAACCAGUUGUUGAGUACAUUGACUCAGCUAUCCGACACGUGCUCCUUAGACAGGGAGUGCUUGGAAUCAAGGUUAAGAUUAUGCUUGACUGGGAUCCCAAGGGAAAGAUUGGACCUCAAAAGCCAAUCCCUGAUGUUGUUGUUAUCCUCCCGCCAAAGGAAGAUGAGGUCUACGCUAGGGUUCCAGUUUUGGUGCCAGAAGUUGAUCUUGUAGAUUCCAGUGGUCCAGUACCUGUUGCCGUUGCAUAAGCUUCACUAGGCUAGUUUACAGACUCUUUCUCUUUUUUUUUUGGGCUGGUAUGUUACUGAGUUACCAGAAUUCAUACAAUAUGAUGACUUGUUUGAGUCGCCAGUGGUGUUUCUGCAAUGUCUUUGUUAUGUGCUAUUGAAAAGUUUUGUAGUUCUAUGAGCUUGACCGUAAGUAUUUUGACAUAUUUUGAUUUAAAGUAAACCAAAUUUCUUGGAAUAUGUUGCAUUUAUUGUUAUUAUUGUUUCGGCUAUAGCCUUAUAGGUGUUAUUGUACCUUCACUUUUGUGUUA